GACGGUGGCUGGGGCCUUGCUGCCCUCUGCAGGAUGGCGGGGGAGCUGCGCGGAGAGAGAGGCUGGGCCGAGGGGCGGGACUCGGUGCGGACCCGGGUUCUCAGACUACCUACCGCACCUGACUGUCGGCGCUCCUAAGCGUCAUUCAAGAAUAAUAAAUGGAUGAAUCUUGUUAACAUGAAGAUGGAGGAACUGGAGCAAGGUCUGUUGAUGCAGCCAUGGGCGUGGCUGCCACUCGCCGAGAACUCCCUCUUGGUCAAGGCUUAUAUCACCAAGCAGGGCUAUGCCUUGCUGGUUUCAGAUCUGCAACAGGUGUGGCAUGAACAGGUGGAUGCUAGUGUGGUCAGCCAGAGAGCCAAGGAGCUGAACAAGCGCCUGACUGCCCCCCCUGCAGCUUUUCUCUGUCAUUUGGAUGAUCUGCUUCGGCCAUUGUUGAAGGACACUGCUUGCCCUGGCAAAGCUACCUUUUCCUGUGAUCAUGUGGACGAGGCAAUGAUACUACGGGUGCAGAGUGAGCUCUCUGGUCUCCCCUUUUAUUGGAAUUUCCACUGCAUCCUAGCUAACCCUUCCCUGGUCUCCCAGCAUUUGAUUCGUCCUCUCAUGGGCAUGAGCCUGGCCUUGCAAUGCCAAGGGAGGGAGCUAGCAACCUUGCUUCGAAUGAAAGAUCUGGAGAUCCAGGACUACCAGGAGAGUGGGGCUGUGCUGAGCCGAGAUCGGCUGAAGACAGAGCCAUUUGAAGAAAAUUCCUUCUUGGAACAAUUUAUGGUAGAGACUCUGAAGAAACAGAGAUCAAUCCCAUCAAAAUACAUUUGUCUGUCAACUGUGGAUGAUGUAUCUGCAGCUCAUGUUUUAUGUUUUUCUACUUUCCAAAUAGCCUUUGUUGAUUGAGCAUGUGUUGGUUUAAAAUGGAAAUGGUGUGGCAGAGCCUUUUGCACCAGGCACAUUAGGGAGCAGGAAGGGGUGGUGGGAAAGGGUUUCUGGCAGAAGCAUCGUUGGACAAAUUGGGCUAGUUGGAAUGCUUUUGCUGAAGUUUUUUGGGGAGCAAGCUGCUUGUGCUCUGUGUGCCUCUGGAGAGGGUAGCUUUACUCUCCAGGGUCGCACCUGCCCCACCAGAAAAAAAAGAGGGUGAGGAGGAUGAAAAGCAAGAUCUUGACCUCUCGGGUAGGUCCUGAACUUGGGAGAUCAAAGAAGAUCUUUGAGAAGCAACAGAGCAGUUUGGGGUAGAUUGGGAGACAUAAUAUAUAUCGAGCUGGCAACCUUUACAUUAUUGCGUGUGACCCUUCUAGCAGUCUCAUAUGAACAGGUGUCACUAGGUAUCCUUGCUUUUCUGGUGAGGGAACAGAGCCAAAAGAGGUUAGGAACAUAGAUGCUGACUGGCAAAGUGAGGAUUUAAAGCCAGGACUUGUUGGUACAGAAGCCAUCUGGCCUUAGUCCUGACCAGAGUCUGAGGAGUGGGCUAGUGUGGCAAUGGUGGGCAGUGAACUCCCUGAGGGUUACCAACCAGGGUUUCCAUGACAGUGUGUCCCCGCUCUGGGCUUUGACUUCUCACUGAACUGUUGGAAGAGCAGUGGGGAAGGGUUAAUAAUUGAGUCAGACCUGGUUUCUCUGUCUGCACUAGAGCAUCAAGACAUUUCUUGAGCCUCCUUGGCACUGGACUUUUCCAGGCAAGAGAAGUCUCGGUGUGCCUUGCAAAGGGAAGGGACAGACAUUUCUUGGGUUCUUACUCUACUCUCUCAUUUAAUCCUUCCAUGAACCAUGACCAUAGUUGUUGUUAGUCACCCCCCCAUCCCACCCAUCUACCCAUCCCUCCAUCUCUCUUUCUCUCUCUCUCUCAAGAUCAGACAUUGAUUAAGUAUAAUAACUUGCCCUAAGUGUUCCUGCUAGCAAAUAGACCUAAGGUACAAAUCCAAGUCUUUGGACUCUCAAGCCAGACCUUAAAGCUUGCUUCUACUUCUCUUUUUUCUUCUAAGAAUUUAUUUUUCUAAUCCCUGGAUAAUCUUCCUGCUUCCUCUUUGAGUGAGAGGCCACUUUGGGCUUCCUCUUUUUAUACCGUGAUACUUCCCCUAGGCAUUGGAUUCACCUUUCCUUCUAGUCUCACCCUUUUGCUACCACAGCUGGCUCUGUGUUGCAGACUUAGGGGUCAUUUCAGGUUUCCUUUAGUCUGGGGAUUUAUUUUCGGUUUCUGGAUCAUCCCUCUGUGACAUCCACCUUCUGUUCUGGAAUGGGGUGAUCCUUGACUCCUUACGAAUGCUACACCCACUCCAUCAGCAGAUCCUGUUGGCCAUACCCUCAGACAUACCCAGAAUCUGGUCACUUCGUUGCCACCUCCCCUCUACCACCCAGGCCCAGGCUCUCCUGGUCAUCCUAGCAGCCUUCUAGAAGAUCUGCCUACUUCUUCUCUGGUCCUUCAACACUCAAAGUGAUGCUUUCAAAAUGUAAAUCAGAUCAUUUCACUCCUUUGUAAACUCUAAUGGCUUCCCAUCCUCCAGAACAAAAGCUAAUAAACUACAUUAACUGCCGAUUUCAAAAAAAUACACAAACACACAGGCACAUAGCUGCCAUGCUUGUCCUCUGGUACAGGGUGACUGUCUAAUUUAUCGUGCAAACUAGGACUGAAUCAGGGAGAAAGGGACCUCUAUUAAUGAACGGCAACAGGCAUAAGCGGGGACUGGACCCAGGCAAACUGGGAAUCUAGUCCCUUGACCCAGAGAGCCAUGUGGAUCAUUCUCUCACUUCUGUUUGGGUUGUUAAAAAAUAUUAACCCUCUCAGUGAGGCCUUCUUUGGCCUCUGAUAAAAAUUGCAGCACAAUCCUGCCCCAAUCCCAUAACGCCUGUGCUGAUUUAUUUUUCUCUGUGGUCACCAUCUGAUAGAGUGUAUGUUUUAAUUAGCUGUAUGUUUGUUGUUGAUCCCUCUCUAGCAUGUAGACUUCAGGAGAGCAGGAGAUUUUUUUCUUAUCUCUUGUGUUCGAUCUGUUAUAUCCCCAGCAUCUCAAUCAUCCCGAAUACUGUAGAUGGUCAGUAAAUAUUUGUUGGGUGAAUGGAUUGAAGGUGGAGAGGAGCACUGGGGAGUUCUGUUUGUUAGAGUCUUUCUAAUUAGUCAUCUUCCUAAACCAUUUUUCUCCUUCUUCGCUAUUUUGGUAACCCUUUGGUAAUGUGGGACCCUAGAAGAAUUUUCCAAUGUGCCCUUAACCCUAAGAGGAGCUAAUGAUGAAAAUCACCAUGAUUUCCUAAACUGGGACUUGCUUUCUCCAGGCGAGGAAGUUUGUGAACAUCCCAGCAGAGUUUACCAGGUUGCGUGAGGGAGGAGAGGAACUCCUACCCUUAGGAAAUCAUGCUUUGGGGGCUCUGCCCUGGUGUGUGACAGUACAGUCUGUGGGGGCCUGGGGGCUGGGCGCUGCACAGGCUUCUGGGCCUGGUGCUGGCACCAAAGACCUGCUCAGGGCUGACACUUGGUCUGUUCCCUUUUCUCCUUUGUCCCCUACACCCAGUCUCCUCGGCUGUGGGCCCCUAUUGAGUAGGGUGAGCUACUGUCAGUCAGGGUCCAGCCUUUCUUUACCCAGGACUCUAAAAGUUUCUUUUCUGAAACAGCUUCAGAGGAAAGGAGGGAAGGAGUUGGGGCGGGGUGAGGGU